UUUGCUCUUCUCUUGUGUGACUCGCGUGUGAGCAGAUGUGCCUGUACUUAGGAGGAGCAUUAGCUUCUGCAGAAUAUCGAUUGCUCUCGAAGCUGACCGGCUUGUUUUUACCAAAGCGUUUACAAAAGUUUACCAAAGUCGCUAACUGCUGAAGCAAUGUACAGGAUGGUGAAGGUCUCUCUGACGGUGCUCGGAUGUGUGCUUGUUGGUACGACGUUAUCAGCUUACGUACAGCUAUUCGGUUCUGUGGACCUGCCUCUAUGGAUGCUUCAAGCGCAGUCGAGCGCUCUGUUCCUCGCCCUCGCCUUCAUCGCCUUCUCCAGCGCCUGCUCCUUGGCGUCGGAUCUGUUUAAGACCGGCUCGUCUGCCUACAAACCGCGGAGUGACAUCAUGAUCGACCUGCUGAACAAUAAGUUGGCGGUGAGCUUUCUCUAUUCUGCUUGUUGGAUCCCCAUUCUGCUCUUUCUUGCAAGCAUCCAGGUCGACGGAUUACUGGAAGACUAUGACACAUUGCCUUUUGCAGCUGAAAUCAUCAUCAGAUAUCACUGUGGUUUCUUGAGGCACAUCCCAGCCACCUUUAUCCAGACUCUCGCCUUGUCUGCUCUCGUUUUGCCCAAAUAUAAAGUCGGGUCCACAAAUUCUGCGAUCCCCGAGAUGGACAGCUACCGGAGAGUGAUGAUGAAAAUGGCCCUCUUCUUGCCAAUUGCAUCUCGCCUAAUUUUACAUAUCUUUGCGUUGCCCGAGACCGCUAGCUUUCGACGUAUUUACCUUAGACAAUCGCUGCCCUUUUGCACAUCUGUGUUGUUCUGCGAUGUGGAGAUUGAUUCAGCGUAUCUGGAAGUGGAACGCUAUGAGAUGUUCGUCACCAUGAUGCUCUGCCUGAUCUACGCGUCGAUCCACUUGCCUCCGUAUCUCGAGCGAAGCUUCCCUUACCUCACUCAGCAAUUGCAGGAAAAUGCGAAGACCGAAAAAAGGACGAGGACUGAGCAACACAAAACGACAGACGUGGUUGGUCUUCACGCACUGUACUGGACAUUAGCGGCAACUCCCCUCCUUUUAAUGCAUGUUGGGGCUUCAGGUCACGAGGAAUGGACAUCCUGCCUUACCCUUCCAACACACAUCCUGCUCUGGUUCGUCAUCUUCCUCCUCCUCAAUGGCGAUGACCCGAUUUACGCAGAGGUCAUGAAGCAUAGAGGUCACGAAGAGGAAGAAGAGGAAGACGCCACGCCCCUUUGGCUCCAGGAAGAAAAACGAGAGGAAGUGGAAAGAGAGGAAGGGGGAACAGAUAAUGAGGAAGCGAGCGACGCGCAUCCACUGUGGUUUAAUGAACAGGAAAUCUAAAAAUAAAUUGUUACAUUAUAAUUAUAUAUCAUGUGUCUGGAUAUUAAAGAUGUUUAUAAUGAAGUCUAUAUGUAUAUAUAUAUAUAUA